AAAUUCAGACCUUAUUGCUGACAUCAUUUCCGCACCCCCCUACACCCACAAAGGAAAUUUGCAAGUGGUUUGUCUUCCCUAUAAGGAAUAAAGGGUUUAUAGAAAGCCAGAGUGAAGUGAAAAUUUAGACUUUGUGGCUCCCUCAGAAAGAAAAAAAUGGAAGAUAGCUUAAUUCCUAUAGAAGACCCAAAGUCUGACAUUUAUAAAGAAGUUCACAUAGAAAUGAUGACCACUGGUAAUUCGUCCACUGAAGUCGAUAUGGCAGGAGCAUUGAAUGCUUCCGCUGCUCUUAGUGCUUCUGCUGCUUUGAAAAUCACAGAAAGUACAAGUGAACACAGUACUACACAGGAAAACCCUCAGGAAUUAGAUUCCAUGGUUACCAAGAGCAGAGAUGAAAAUACAAAUGGCGAGAGAGAACACUUAUUGGAUUUUGUCUGUAAGGAUAAUUCAGCUCAAGAUAUAAAUAUAGAUAGUGACACUGUUGAUCAUGAUAAUACAGAAUCAAUAACAUCUCCUGUAACCAUGGAAACUGACAAUACAGACAUUUUAAAUAACACAGACUCAAUCAUACCUUGUGGAAGUAUUGAUGCUUUGAAGGAAAACCAUGAAAUGUCUCCAUUAGAAAAUUUAGAAACUGUUACAACUUCUGAUGGUCUGAAGCAAACACAGAUUUCAGCAUCUUUAGAUAUAGAAAUAUCCGAUAAUGAAACUCCCUCUAUGUCAAGUACUCCCACGACAGACCAAGUAAGACCUGAAACAUUUAUCGAUGACAUUGAAAAAUUUGUCAAUUUUGUUUCCAAAGAAGGUCUGGCAAAAAAGAUGAAUGAAUCAGUAUCUCCUGUUUCAAAAGAGCGUAAUGAUAUAGAAAAUGAUAAUAUUUCUGAUGAUACCAGUCCUACUGGCAAAACCACCAUUGAUCAGUCAAAAGAGAAAACAGUUGUUGCUUCAAGUUCUAGCAUUGUUAACAUUAAAACUGAGAAACAGGAGGAGGAUGAUGUAGAUGCUGAUUUGAAAUCCUAUGCUUUGGCUGUUAAUGACAUGCUUGACAGCCAAGUGGAAGUUUCAGCUAAUUCUAAUGAAAUUGAUUCAGAAAUACAAACAGUAGUGGUCUCCAAUACUGAUGCUGGGGAACUAAAGAUGACUUUUACUGAUAAUGCUGUCGGCAGAUUUGAGACAAUUGGAAAAAGCGAAGACAAAGUUGCAGGUGAUACGUUGGCUGAAGGUUUGAAACCUCUUCGAAAAAGUCAUAGACCAAAGAGGAGGAGAGUGUAUGAAGAUUUUGAGCAGACUGAUACAAGUGCCAUUGAUUAUGUAGUUGAUCAAGUAAGUAAGGCUAUAGAGGAGGACCAAGAGUUUAUUAAAAUGUCAGCACCUAGCACAUCAAAGUCGAAACGUAAAAAUCCAUCACCAAGAAAAGCUAAGUUGACCGUUGAGGAAGUUUACGAAAGUGACACAAAUGAAGACAGCGAUGGUAACAUUGAUAAAGAUAUACUUAAAGUCAGAAUGGCUAAGUGUGACAUCUGUGACAAACAUUUCCUAGAUAAGAAAUUAGAGGAACAUAGAAGAAGGCAUAAUAAAGAGCGCAAAACUCAGUUAGAUUAUCCAUGUGUUGUCUGUGGCAAGGUAUUCCUAAAACGUGAGCACUGGCGUCGUCAUGUUAAAAUCCAUGAUGAUGUGCGACCCUACUCGUGUACUGAAUGCGACAAAAGUUUCCGUCGAAAAGAGCAUGUCAAACGACACAUGUUAAUACAUUCUGGUGAGAAACCUUUUGAAUGCCUGUACUGUCAUCAGUUUUAUCAACGUGCUGAUCAUCUGAAGAAACAUAUACAACAGCACAUGAAAGGUACAUAUCAAGAGAGGAGAAGAAAAGGUAAUGAAGAAUCUCCACCGGAGCGCACUUCAAAAAGAAGAAAACCAACAACUAAGGCAGCUAAACUUGUAGCACAGAGUCGUAGGAGUAAACUUAAACAAGAAGAGGAGGAGGAGGAGGAGCAUUAUUCUGAUGGGUUGUCUGAUGAUGAAAUGUAUACUGCAUAGAAUUUGUAAAUAAGUGCACUAGUAUACAUGUUGUGUACUUUCAAACUGGAGAUUUUAAAUGAAAACAAAAGCAAAAUGCUGUCAUACAGGAUUUAAGAUAUUAACAUUCAAACUUUGUCAUGUUAAAUACUAGUACAUGAAAUAGGUGGAUAAAAACUGUAGUUAAUGCAUUAAUUGUACUGACAUUUUAUUAAUUUUAAUUUUAACAAGAAUUUUUUCUAUUUUUAGACAAUACACUUACACACAAAUUUAAUUAUACAGUUUUGACAAAUUUUAUAUUUUGAACUUUAAAAAUGACAACUUUUUAAAAAAAAUUAACCAACAUUUAAAAAAAAAGGUCUUGGUCAUGUGACAUGUCGGUAAAUAAUGUUUUGUAAGUAAACAGAUUUACAUUAGUAGAUUUCAUUGAUUCAUUGAUUAUAAGAUUCAUGUUAUAUAUUAAAUAUAGUAGCUACUUAUAUAUGUAUUAGCUUCUCAAGAAUAAAUUGUAAAUGUCAACAA